CACUGCCUUAGAGCCGUGGUUCCUUGCAGUGUGAUUCAGAUAGGGAAUGUCGUGGUGUAUGGAUGGUGUAGAUGUGGUUGUCUGGUGUGAUGUUGUGGGCGUUUGUGUGUGGUUGUUGUAGUAAUGUGUGUGGUUGUGGUGUGUGUGUUUGUGUUUGGUUGUUGUAGUGAUGUGUGUGGUUGUGUUGUGGGUGUUUGUAUGUGGUUGUUGUAGUAAUGUGUGUGGUUGUGAUGUGGGCGUUUGUGUGUGGUUAUUGUAGUGAUGUGUGUGGUUGUGGUGUGGGCGUUUGUGUGUGGUUGUUGUAGUGAUGUGUGUAGUUGUGUUGUGGGUGUUUUUAUUUGGUUGUUGCUGUGAUGUUUGCUGUCGCCGUGAUGAUGUUGUCAUUUUGUUUUUAGUUUUGUUUGUGGUAUAUCUAUUUGUGGGUGGAUGUCGUAAGUGUGUGUAGUAGAUGUGCGUCGUUGGGAUAUAUCAUAGGCGUGUGUCGUAGUUGUGUUUGCGUGUUGUAGAUGUGUGUUUCUCUCCCGUGACUUACUCAUACACCUGUACAUAGUUUUGCUUGUGUCAGGCCUUGUGUCCCAUACCUCGGGCCAUUCAACCCAUACGCUGCUAGGCAACUUAAAUUGUUUUUUUUUUUUAAAUGAUUCAUUUUGAUGUUAUUCUGUGUACUAAACUUACAUGGAUUUAAAUGGCUAAAAUUAAUCAAGAAGCCAUUCAUGUAUCGACCAUUUCAAGGUGUGGGAUCUGCGCUCUCCAUGAGGACAAGUCCCGAUGAGAGAACGCACGCCAAGUUAUGUGAGAACGGACGGGCGUUCUUAGCUGACCCCAGCACCGGUCAGCCUGUGUGUCUGUGUCACCUCGAGUCUCACCCGUCACACGGCCUCCAGGCCCACCCCGCUCUCAGGGGUGUACCAGCCCUCGCUUCCAUUCGUUCUGGGUUUGGUGAUCUCCCUUAUCAUUCACAGAUUUCAGCCAUGACGUCACUAGCCGAACAGUCGAGUGGACUUCUUCCUCCUAAUUUAACGUUUCCCCAUUUCGGCACUAUGUACCCUGGCCUGGACGUGAAUGGCCCAAUGAGGAAGGCGGCCACCAGAGAGACGACUGGGCCACUCAAGGCCUGGCUCAACGAGCACAAGAAAAAUCCUUACCCCACCAAGGCCGAGAAGAUUAUGUUGGCCAUCAUCACAAAGAUGACCUUGACCCAGGUCUCCACGUGGUUCGCCAACGCGAGGCGGAGACUCAAAAAGGACAGUCGUCUGCUGACCUCGGCUGAAGAGGACGACAGCGGGAUGGACAGUGACCGCGACUCGGACAGCGUGUCUGUUGGUCAGUCUGACCACAGGAGCACCAAAUCUUCGCUCAGGGCCGAAGGCAAGCUGUCGAGCGAGGGCGAGCCAGACCACGACUCUUUCUCCGACAUCUCUGACGAGGAGAACGCCGCGUUUCGAACCCAGGACCCUCAGCCCACGCCAGUAAUGACUUCCUCCUCGCCAGUUAUGACGUCCCACACACCAGUCAUGACGUCCCACACACCAAUCAUAACGUCCCCCACACCAGUCACCACGUCUCCCACUGCAGCACGUCUGCAUGACGUCACGCAACCUACAGAGAAACCUACCAGCUCUGAACAGAAGCCAAUCGAGAAACCUAAACCUAAAAUCUGGUCAAUUUCCCACAUUUUGGAUGGUUGAUCUUUACUACAAUAAAAACAAAUAUAUUUCUCUAUAAACCGACAAAGAAAUCUUUAAACUGGAAUGCUUAGAGAAUGACGAUGGUAUACUUUCGCCACAUUCCCGAAUCGCCGAAAAGACUAUUCGUGCAAUUCUUAGAAGCUGAGCUAACUCCUUCGAUAAGCUGUUUCUCAAUGACGCCGCCAUGAAAGACUUCAGCCAAAGAAGGCAACUAUAGGUCUAUAACCUUGACUCUACUGAAAGAGAUCUUCAACUUAGGAGGUAGCAAUGUAUUUUGAAGCAGCGAUGCUGACUUAAGUUCUUUGGAGAUGAACGUUUGGUGGUGUUGGGUUUGGCUGUGGGAGAGAGAGAUAUGUUGACGUUGCUAUGGUUAUGAGGGGGUGGUGGUAAUUUUCUCCAAUAUAAUUAUUUGAUGUGGUGUGGAGUGAUCCA